CGGUAAUUGACUUGAAGCAGGAAAUCAACCACCGUUCCACCACAGAAGAAACAAAAGCCCAAUGUUGUCUUCCGCCGCUUGAAUUCACGUGCAACAACCUGUGGCUGGCAGGAACACGAAUAAAGACACCAAAAUGACGCAGUUAGACGGUAUAAUAAAACCCAAGACAAAGCGCUCCAAGCGCUUCUUGGACAGCAGAGCGCCCAAGCUGACUGAGGAUGUGAAGACUGCCAUGAUUAUGAAAGGGGGGAACACCAGUCAAACCAUCACCCAGGCCCUCAAGGACAUAUAUGCCUUGAAGAAGCCCAAUGCUGUGCUGUACAAGAAGAAGAACAUAACACGGCCGUUUGAGGACUCAACAUCACUGGAAUUUUUCUCCAAGAAGACAGACUGCUCUCUGUUUCUGUUUGGCUCCCACAACAAGAAACGGCCCAACAACCUCAUAUUUGGUCGUCUGUUUGACUUUCACGUGCUUGAUAUGAUUGAAUUUGGAAUUGAGAAGUACGUCUCUCUGAGUGAGAUCAAGACCAGCAAAUGUCCUGAGGGGACCAAACCAAUGCUUGUGUUUGCAGGGGAGGCAUUUGAUACAGACAAUGAACACAGACGUCUGAAGAGUCUGCUCAUAGACUUCUUCAGAGGUCCCACUGUGUCUGCGGUGCGUCUGGCAGGUUUGGAACAUGUUCUGCACUUCACUGCCCUGGAUGGGAAAAUCUACAUGCGCAGCUACAGGUGUCUGUUGAAGAAGUCGGGGUGCCGGACUCCACGGAUAGAGCUUGAGGAGAUCGGACCAUCAUUUGACUUAGUCUUAAGAAGAACACACCUUGCUUCAGAUGACUUAUACAAGUUAGCUCACAAACAGCCCAAGGCUCUGAAGCCCAAGAAGAAGAAGAACAUUUCCCAUAAUGCCUUUGGUACCAAGUUCGGCCGGGUGCACAUGCAGAAGCAGGAUCUGUCCAAGCUGCACACACGUAAGAUGAAGGGCCUGAGGAAGAGGAAGGGAGAGGUGGUCGCUGCAGACCAGGACGGACAGGGACCCAAAGUGGCCAAAGUAGAGAGCUGAGGUCGCUCUCACCACCUGUGCAUACAGAUUAAUGUUCAGUACCUGUCAGUGUCCAUCACAUUGGUAGUGGACGGUCCUCUUGUACUUAAGACUGACCAUGUGCUUAUCAUUGCCAGCUUUUAUGGCCAAGGAUGGGCAUGUGACCAUUCACCAGGCAAAGAGGAUGAAGCUCCAUUAUUCCUGCCCUUAUUGUGUUUUUUUUGUCCCCUUUUCCUUGUGACUUUCAGAUGGUUCUUUGUCUUGAGCAUCAUGAAUGUGUUGGCUCAGUUUUCUUGUAAAACCACAUGAGUAUCAGAAAGUCCAACAAAUGUUAUCUACUGGCAUUUCAAUGGUUUCUUCAAUAAGUGUGUAAAAAUGGGAUUUCACUGACAGCACUCAUUUUAAAGGAAAUAAAUGUCUCUAAACUA